GAGUGUCUCUCCGUCGCCAGGAUGCAGGAGCUCAUCGCCAGCGUGGACCACAUCAAGUUCGACCUGGAGAUGGCGGUGGAGCAGCAGCUGGGCGCGCAGCCCCUGCCCUUCCCCGGCAUGGACAAAUCAGGGGCUGCCGUCUGUGAAUUUUUUUUAAAAGCUGCCUGCGGAAAAGGAGGCAUGUGCCCCUUCCGACACAUUAGCGGGGAAAAGACAGUCGUUUGCAAACACUGGCUGCGAGGGCUGUGCAAAAAGGGAGACCAGUGCGAGUUCCUGCACGAAUAUGACAUGACCAAGAUGCCCGAGUGUUAUUUCUACUCCAAAUUCGGGGAAUGCAGUAACAAGGAAUGUCCCUUCUUGCAUAUCGACCCAGAGUCUAAAAUCAAAGAUUGUCCUUGGUAUGACAGAGGCUUCUGCAAACAUGGUCCCCUCUGCAGACAUCGACACACUCGACGGGUCAUUUGUGUGAAUUACCUGGUGGGAUUCUGUCCGGAGGGUCCCACUUGCAAAUUUAUGCACCCUCGAUUUGAAUUGCCUAUGGGAACAACAGAACAACCGCCACUGCCCCAGCCAACGCAAACACAGCAAAAGCAAAAUAACAAUCCGCCAUUACAAAGGUCAUCAUCCUUGAUCCAGUUAACGAGUCAGAACUCUUCUCCCAACCAGCAGAGGACCCCACAAGUCAUCGGAGUCAUGCAGUCUCAAAACAACAACGCGGGGAACAGAGGUCCCCGGCCGCUGGAGCAGGUCACCUGUUACAAGUGUGGUGAAAAAGGACAUUACGCCAACAGAUGCACCAAAGGACAUCUAGCCUUUCUCAGUGGACAGUGACAGUCUAAAGGAGAGUGCAAGGGGACUCUUUAUACUGAGGAAAGGUUUCUGCCUUGCACUAUACCUUGAACUAUUGAUUGGUUUGUUUGUUUUUUUAACACCAUUGUUGAAAGACCUAGUCAGAGGCUGGCUGUCGAUAGGCAACUUUUGUAAUUGCCCACAAUUUUUUUAUGUUUUAACCUUUUUUUUAAAAUAGAUUUCGGUCUCCACCCACUUUCAUUGAGCCUGGCAAGAUCAUAUCUAAUGACAAAUAGAUAUGCAAGCCUGAGCAAUGCAGCAUUCGGCACAAUGCACAUCUUGCUCCAGUGUUUCUCUCUCCAAUGUUUUCCUUCUGGUAUUACCCUCUGCGAAGCUUCCAGCCUUUCGGUGAUUCUGGUUCAAGGAGGAAGACCGAAUGGAAGAACUAGCACGUGAAUCUCCUUCACUUUUUGGAGAGGAAAAUUGUGUCCUGCAGGUCUUCAAAGGCGACUUGUAUUUCUAUGUCCAGUCUGAGAUGAUCAGUGAGUUUCAAAAGAAGUGUCCUGUUAGCUCACUUAAUAUGUCAUGUGUUAAGUGCCAUGAUGUAAUGUAUUUGCCCACCAUGCAUUAGAUUUGUGCACCCCUGCCAGCAGUGGUUCCCUUCACAUCAUUGCAGGAUGAGAAGUUGGUCCUUAUACGUGAAAACUGUGCGAGGUAAAUGAAUUGACACCUCUAAAAUCACACAAGCUUUGGCUGUUAAAAAAACAGGUCUGUGCUCACCACCUUCAGCCAAAUGGAGUCCAAGCUCAAAGCAGAAGUAGCUUUAAUGAUAUAAUGGUGUACAGAUAGCCAGCAACUGAAGGUAGCUGGCUUUUUUGCGCUGUAAUUUGGCUUCCCCACACUUAGCAGUCAUGUUGCACAAAGUAUCUUCCCAGGUGAUUAAAAAAUGAACUGGAGCAAUAUUUUCUUGUAGGAUGUUGCUUUUAAAUUUGGGUGCAGGUGCAAGAGCAAGAGCAUCUUUGUAGAACAUAUUCCUGCCAGCAGAAAUCUGUUGAUUUUGUGAGAGAAUUUUUAAAGGGUCAACAAAAUGUGAAUUAAAAAUAAUGCAUCUAGAAUGUGAGCCUUAUCAAUUCUCAAACAUCUGUCAUUUGCCUAGUUGCCUUUAUGCAUUCUUUUUCUUGUUUUAAUUGAAAUGUACUCAAAGUUGGCUGUGAAACUCAAGUGUGUCAUCUUUCAGGAACAGGGUAAUGUGCCUACAGACAACCAUGAUAGGAGCUCUGUAUUCGUUUAAAUGACUGCACAGGACUUUUUAUGGAUAUAAAUAUGUCCAUUUAUUUUGUAAAGAAAGAGAACUGGAGUUAAUGGAGCCCCCUUCUUUUUGUACACAGAGGGAUAUUCACAUUGAAACACCAUGAUUGAAACCACAACCAGACCACUGCUGAAGGUCAAUGGCAUUCUUCAUGACAUGGAUGUCAAGACAGCUGUCCCCUGAAGUCUAAACAGCUGAGUUUGCUAGUGUAUUCAAUACACGGCUGCUACAUAUAACUAACUGCAGCUGUAUUUGGAUGGAUGGGGCUAGAGAACCUUGUUCUUGCAUUUGGUUAGUAUGUGCAUGUAACAUUAUCUUAAGCCAGCAAGUGUAGCUUUCCACAGCUGAACUGCACCUGUAUGUCCUCACCAGAGCCCCAUCUUAAUAGUAGAACCCAAUUUACAACUAUGGCAUUAUCUGUUCCCUUAAACAAGGCUUGGUUUUCCUUGCAGUGCCUAGAUUGCCUUCAUAAGCCAGGUACAGAUUGAGGCAGCCUGAAUCUUGACAAGUCUGAAGCAGACUACAGGAUCUGUCUUCUCUCCCCCUCCCCCAAGUAACUGCAUGCAUAGUUGUAACAUAGGCAUAAAUCAUUUCAUAGUUGGUAGAGGCGGAAGGGACCUGAGCAGAUCAUCAAGUCUGACCCCCUGCCAUGGGCAGGAAGGAAUGCUGGAGUCAAGUGACCCCGGCUAGGUGAUUACCUAGCCUCCUUCUGA